CUUUUCUUUCCGCGACCAUGUUGCUCUCCAUGUCGGUGAACCGGAUGCACCCAGCCCUAUGUAUGUAUCAUCGAUGAACCGUUGUUCAUUCCUAGUAAGGAGAGCGGCAGAUGGAUAAGCAGGAACAACCCGGUAUGUCUAAUUUCGUCCUCUAACUCCCCUAUCAUCAGGCUCUCCGACAUAUUCCGCUCCGCGCAUUCCGGAUGGACUAGGGCACGUUGCAUCGCAAUAGAUGACAAUCCAUCUUAGAAAUUAGGCAUCCCCAUCCUUUUCUUCCGCUUGGAACACCUAGACAAAGCAUCAUGCCCCGCUGCGCUAUACCCAGCCCCGUAACCACGGACUUCCCAACCAUUUCAUCUAUCGAAACUUUGCCGGACGACGUCCUCCUUGAAGUCAUCGAGCAGGUCGUGUGGACUUCAGAUGAGCAGAAGUUGACCGAUGUUGACUGGCUCAAGCUCGACCGUUCCGUGCCGCUGUCCCGAGGCAGAGACAUCCAUUCGCUUUCCCUCUCCUCCCGGCGUCUCAAUGCCCUUGCAAAUACCGUUCUCUACCGCUCUGUCGUACUUCACGACACGCGAGCCGUUUUGCUCUUUGCGCGCACGAUACAGGCAGCUCAUAACUCUCUUAACACCUCUGUCACGCUCGAGUUCCUCGAAUUGGCAGUCAAGCGACUCGCCAUGCCCAUCCUAUCCACUCACUCUCUCCUUACUAUCACGGUCUUGGAACAUUCCUCGCAUAAAGAUGCAAACCAUUUCGUCUCAAUGCAUGAUAUCCGCGACAUCGUCUCCACCUGCAGAGGUGCACGCACCGUCGCACUGCCGGCCCGAUGGUCCGAGUUCGCGCGCGAGGUCCCAUCGUCCUCACUUGCCAUCAGGCCUUCCGAGCUUGUUAUCAGCACCUUCGCGAACCUUGGCCAGAUAGCAGCACGUGGUGUCAUACUGCCCCAAUGGCAACCUUCUCAACCCUCCACACCGCUCCCCUCUCGCCCUGUUUCUCCUUCCAGACCUGCGCCGACCUUAUCAUCAUCAUCAUCGCCGGUCUUCGCCAGCAUUACCCACCUACGCGUGGCCGAACCCAUAUCACAAUUCGACACCUACGCUUAUGUCUCGGAGUCUUAUGCCGCAUGGCACAAUCCCGCUCCGCUUGUGCGCCUCUUCCCUCAGCUUACGCAUGUUGCACUGCCCCGUCGUUCCAACGCGAAUGAAUACAACGAUGCGCUAUUCCUUGCCGGAGUAUCCGAGAUCCUGCAAUCUUCCCACGUACGCAUGCUCGUCGUUGUUAUCUUCUCGGCAAGCGAAGCUGCACCCAUGGGUGCCGAGCACCCUGUAGCGACGGAUGCUUGGAAGCAUCUCGACGGGAAUGUGCAGGUCGACAGGGACGUGGUGGAAAGCUCAAUUUGGCAGGCUGCACAGGAGCUUUGCAAGACCGACCGGCGCGUGUUUGUCGUGCAGGGCAAGUACGGCGCGUGGGCGCGGGAGUGGAGAGGACGUGCCGUCGUCGCGGACCCUCGGGGCCCAGGCGACUGGUGGGACCGAGUGCGAAGGGGAGACACGCGUCUCUAAACCAUAGAUCUCGCUUCAUGUUUUCGCUUUCCACUGUUGCUAUCUUAGAACUGGGCUAAUCUUCUGAUUUCUUGCAUGUCUGGAUGAUAUCUACGCUUAUAGUUUAUUUCCCGUAUUUUCAUAUCUUUCCCUAGUAGAUCCAUAGACCGCUCUAUAGAAUAUCGUACUGACAUAAUGACUAGCAUGGUAAUAAUUCAAGCUAUCAGUCCACUCG